AUGCACAAGCUCCUCCUCACCGCAUGCACGCUGCUCCUGUGCGCCACACGCGGCUCAGCCCAAGCCUGCGCGGCACCCAACAGCAGCGUCGCGCUGUCGAGCACCGCAUCCGCGAUCCUGAAUUCCAGCUCGCCCCCGCAGCUCUACCUCACAUCCGGCGGGCGCAACCGGAGCUACUACAUCCAGCUGCCCACGGGCUACACGCCCAACCAGGCGUAUCCGCUUGUGCUGGGGUUCCACGGCUCGCAGAGCAUCGGGCUGUAUUUCCCGCUCGACACAAAGAUGGAUGAUGCGCGGUACUCGAAUAACAAGAUCAUGGUGUAUCCGGAUGGCGUAGGCGGCAGCUGGGCGGGGCCAUCGUACCAUAAUGGGACGAGCGUAGAUGAGGAUAUCCAGUUUGUGGCUGAUGUGAUUGCAAAUGUCAAGGCGCAGUUUUGCGUGGAUGCGGAGAGGGUGUUUGGUGUGGGGUAA